UUCUCAAUGGUGAGUCUUCAAACUAAGGAGGGGCCGAAGUCCUGGCAAGGCAACGUACUGUUCUUUUUUUCCCGUCUUCUCGCUUACCUAGACCAGAAUUGACAAACAGACCACAGCCCAGGCAGCAGUGAAGGAACCACACGUCACACAAGGCUCAGCAGGAAUCGUUUCCCCAGGUCCAGCAAACUACCCAGACCACAAUGCCUCGGGGCUCCGAGCCAAUGGGCUUCUUCUUGCUGCGCAAACGCAGUGGCCCUCAGUUCCCAGGGAGCCACGGGCGGGCGUCCGCCGUGGAAGACAGCAAGUUCCAGCGGAGGGGCCCAGCAUCCUCUGCGGGCAAGAUGGUCGCGCGGACGUGAGCUGCGCCUAGGUCUGGCGCCCGGCCGGAGAACCUCGAGUCCCUCGCCGACAAAUGCAGGUGAGCUUGCCCGCGGUGGCCAUGGGGUCGUCCUGAGAGAGCCUGUGUCCUGACACCACCCAGAAGCUUGCCGCCCUGGGCUGGAACUUCCGACCAGGCUGAGAGCAGGUCCUUCGGUUGUGGCCGGCGCGGCCUGACGCUCUAUGCCUGCGUGCACGGGGAAGCCGGGCCUCGCCCAGGGCCGUCACCUUUGCUGGUUGCUGUGCGCUGUCACCUUGAAGCUCUGCCAAGCAGAGGCUCCCGUUCGGGAGGAGAAGCUGUCGGUGAGCACCUCUACUUUGCCGUGCUGGCUGGUGGAAGAGUUCGUGGUGGCAGAAGAGUGCACUCUGUGUUCUACUUUCCAGGCUAAAACCAUAGCUGAGUGUGGUUCCACAGGAUACAUAGAAAAAAUCACAUGCAGUGCAUCUAAGAGGAAUGAGGUCAAAAGCUGCCGCUCAGCUCUGAUGGAACAACACUUAUUCUGGAAAUUUGAAGGGGCUGUGGUGGGUGUGGCCUUGAUCUUCGCUUGCCUUGUCGUCAUUCGUCAGCGACAGCUGGACAGAAAGGCUCUGGAAAAGGUCCAGAAACAAAUUGAAUCCAUUUAACUACACCACCCUUUAUCCUGGGUCUUACAGAUCAUGUCUCAGCUGAAAAAGUGGAAUGGACUAGUUUGUGCCCUUGCUUCUUUGGAGUCUGGUCAUACACACUUUCCCCAUCUUCCUCUUCAGAUCGCUCAUGAGCACAAUAAAAAAAAAAAGUAA